AUGAGGGGAGAUCGUGAGGGACAAAACAAGAUGCAAGGAAGAAAAGGAGAGGAUGAGUGGUCGCGUAGUGGUUUGGUUGAUCGUGGAGGUUGUGGGUUGUGGGGACACCGAAAUGGAGGUGGUCGUGUGGUGGGGUUGAAGGCGCGAUGGUGGCUACAGAGAUGGUUGUGGGGAUGGAGGAGACAAGCGUGGUGA